CUAAAACCUCCCAUUCUCCCCCCCGAUCAUCUCUCUCCGUCUGUACCUCUAUCCCUGCUACACUAUCCCAAUCAUGGACCUCGCAGCGAGGUGUGCGUUCCUGCUCUCCAGCUUGGCCGUGCUCGCGGCGCUCGAUUUGGACGCGAUCGAUCCCGGCUAUUAUGUGGAGACCAGCGCUUCCUCAGAAGUGAUCGACUAUAAAGAUCCCUGCAAAGCUGUUGCCUAUCUUGGAGACAUUGCACUGGAUGAGGAAGAUAUGCGCAUGUUUAUAGUGGACCGCAUUGUGAAUUUAGCCCAGAGAACGGUCAUAAUUCUUAAUCACACCGAUACGGGUUCACUUUCCAAUGAGACGAGUCAAAAUAAUAUAGUGUCGGGUCAGUCGGGGUCCCAUCGCAGGAGGAGGGCAGCGACAUCCAGAGCUGAGAGGGUGUGGCCUGAAGGGGUCAUUCCUUAUGUCAUCAGCGGCAACUUCAGUGGUAGCCAGAGAGCUAUUUUCAGACAGGCUAUGAGACACUGGGAGAAACACACAUGUGUCACGUUCAUUGAGAGAACAUCUGAAGACAGCUACAUCGUCUUCACCUACCGGCCGUGUGGGUGCUGUUCGUAUGUCGGCCGGAGGGGAGGGGGUCCACAAGCUAUAUCCAUCGGCAAGAACUGUGAUAAGUUUGGAAUUGUGGUGCACGAGCUCGGGCACGUGAUCGGAUUCUGGCAUGAGCACACGCGACCUGAUAGAGAUGAUCACGUCAGCAUCGUACGGGACAAUAUUCAGCCAGGACAGGAGUACAACUUCCUGAAGAUGGAGCCUGGUGAGGUGGACUCGCUCGGAGAGGUCUAUGACUUUGACAGUAUCAUGCACUAUGCAAGAAACACAUUUUCCAGAGGGAUUUUCUUGGACACCAUUCUGCCAAGAUAUGAUGUGAACGGAGUUCGGCCUCCCAUCGGUCAGAGGACAAGAUUAAGCAAAGGAGACAUCGCACAGGCACGCAAACUUUACAAGUGUCCAAGAUGUGGAGACAGUUUGCAGGAGAGCAGUGGGAACUUGUCUUCUCCUGGUUUUCCGAAUGGUUAUUCAGCAUAUAUGAACUGCAUCUGGAGAAUUUCAGUCACACCUGGAGAAAAGAUCAUUCUGAACUUCACCUCUAUGGAUUUAUACCGAAGUCAUUUAUGCUGGUACGAUCAUGUAGAGAUCAGAGACGGAUAUUGGAGGAAAGCUCCAUUGAAAGGUCGAUUCUGUGGAGAUAAAUUACCUGAACCGAUCAUAUCAACAGACAGUCGCUUGUGGAUUGAGUUCCGCAGCAGCAGCAACUGGGUUGGAAAGGGCUUCUCUGCUGUUUAUGAAGCUAUAUGUGGUGGGGAAGUGAAGAAGGACAAUGGUCAAAUUCAGUCUCCAAACUACCCAGAUGACUACAGACCCAACAAAGUGUGUGUGUGGAAGAUUACAGUGGCUCAGGGCUACCAUGUAGGCUUAACCUUCCAGUCUUUUGAGAUUGAGAGGCAUGACAACUGUGCAUACGACUACUUGGAAGUUCGUGAUGGGAAUUCGGAAAGCAGCCCUCUGCUGGGCAGAUUCUGUGGUUAUGACAAACCCGAUGACAUCAAAUCCAGCUCCAACCAGAUCUGGAUGAAGUUUGUGUCUGACGGUUCUGUCAACAAGGCUGGAUUUGCAGCUAAUUUUUUCAAAGAAAUGGAUGAGUGCUCUAGACCUGACAAUGGUCGCUGUGAGCAGCGCUGUGUCAACACGCUUGGUAGUUACAAGUGCGCUUGUGACCCUGGUUACGAGCUGGCCGCGGACAAACGGAGCUGCGAAGCUGCCUGUGGUGGUUUCAUCACCAAGCUUAAUGGAUCCAUCACCAGUCCGGGCUGGCCCAAGGAGUAUCCACCCAACAAGAACUGCAUCUGGCAGCUGGUGGCCCCCACACAGUACCGCAUCACCCUUCUCUUCGAUGUCUUCGAGACUGAGGGCAAUGAUGUGUGCAAGUAUGACUUUGUUGAGGUAAGGAGCGGUCUGUCUGCGGACUCCAGGCUGCACGGAAAGUUCUGUGGUGCUGAGAAACCAGAGGCCAUCACCUCGCAAUACAACAACAUGCGAAUUGAGUUCAAAUCUGACAACACUGUCUCCAAGAAGGGCUUCAAGGCCCAGUUCUUCUCAGAUAAAGAUGAGUGCUCAAAGGAGAAUGGCGGAUGUCAACAUGAAUGUGUGAACACGUUUGGCAGCUACAGUUGCCAGUGCAGAAGUGGCUUCAUACUGCACGAGAAUAAACAUGACUGCAAGGAGGCCGGCUGUGAUCACGCUGUGAACAGUGUGAGCGGGACCAUCACCAGCCCCAACUGGCCAGAUAAAUACCCCAGUAAGAAGGCCUGCACCUGGGCCCUCUCUACCACUCCAGGACAUCGGAUCAAAAUAGCUUUCAACGAAAUCGAUAUGGAGCCUCAUUUGGAAUGUGCUUAUGACCACAUAGAGAUUUACGAUGGUCGGGACGGGAAAGCAUCCAGCCUUGGCCGCUACUGCGGCGCCAAGAAACCUCCACCGAUCAUAUCCAGCAGCAAUAAGAUGUUCAUCCGUUUCUUCUCCGAUAACUCAGUGCAGAAGAAAGGCUUCGAGGCUUCCCAUACUGCAGAGUGUGGAGGCCGUCUGAAAGCUGAGGUCAAAACGAAAGAACUCUACUCCCAUGCUCAGUUUGGUGAUAACAACUACCCCGGAGCAUCAGACUGCCAGUGGGUGAUCUCAGCAGAGAAGGGUUAUGGCGUGGAGCUCAUCUUCCAGACCUUUGAAAUUGAGGAAGAGGCCGACUGCGGCUAUGAUUACAUGGAGCUGUUUGACGGGGUGGACACCAAAUCACCCAGACUAGGCCGCUACUGUGGAUCAGGGCCUCCCGAGGAGAUCUAUUCCACCAGCGACUCCAUUGUCAUCAAAUUCCAUUCAGAUGACACUAUCAAUAAGAAGGGCUUUCACGUGCGUUACACCAGUACCAAAUUUCAGGACACACUCCACUCCCGUAAGAAGUGACCCUUAGUGGCCGGGAGGGGCCAUGCAGGGCCUUGGGGUAGGCGAAGGGGCCCCAGGGGGAGGGCCUCGCCCAUCGCUCGGAGCCCACCGGCCGCCAAGAACACCCAAACUCGACGGAUCAGCCGCAAGAAUGCCAACCGCACCUCAGUAGUUCACAGGGGCUCUGGCAUCCCCUACUGACUGUGAGGAGUAAAGCCAUUCUGCAGUAGACCUUGUUGUUUUUUACCUGUUUUCUAUUUGUAUUAUUACUUUUGGGGCAAGAUGUGAAAGGGGGGACGAGGGGGAACGUAUUCAGUUGAUGGAUACUUAAGGGAUCAUGAGCAAAAACAAAGAGAUUAUGGUAUGGGAGGGUGGGUGGGUAAGGUGUGUGUAGUUGACUUGAUGCUGAUCACCCCAUGGAACCCACCCCUUUAUUUGUAUUUUUUGUCAUGAGCCGAGAGUGUGCAUUUGGAAAAUAUAAACCUUCGGAGGACCUCCUGCAGGAGAACUGAGCAGUCAACCCUCACCGAACCAUUCAUCAAUACAAGAGUGGAAAGGAGAGAUAAGUGGAAGAGUGGAGUAGGGCAUUCCAGACAGGUUCCUCAAAGGAUUUCCAACCUUGAAACAUGGGCUGUUUUAUGUUCGUUACUUGAACGAAUGACAUUGUAUGUCAAAGAAAUGCAUUUAGUACAGUUAGCAGGACUUUUUCUCUUUAUUCUCUCACUUUUUCUUCCAUUCCAAGAAUAAGGUCCUCUGUGUUAAAGCCUACACACUGAGUGUGUGGCAGUCCCAAACUCACCCAAUGUGAGGCCCAUCCUUAAAAUGUUGUCUUGGUCACUGGCAAAUUUAAGCGACGGCCCUAGAAGUACAGUCUUGUCAAUGGGUUGCAUUGUUUUCGAUUGUUCAGCCAACAAAACACUGGAAACACGUUUUUCCAUACAUUUCAAGUGGAUAAAAAACUAGACAUAGGACCGUAAACUGGGCUGGACUGGUAAUCUGGCAUACCGGGCAUUUUCCAGGGGCGGACUGGCCAUCGGGAGAACCAAGCAGGCCGGUGGGUUGGCCGCGAAACGGGCCAUAUGAUCCGACGAAUUAUGCAGAACGGACCCCACAACGGCAUAGCAAUAUGCAGAAAAGGACAGAGAACACCCCCACCCCCUGCUCAACUUUGGGCCAGUUGCUAUGUAAAAUCCCUGGCCAAAUUCUCUUCCCAGUCCAGCCCUGAACGUAAGACCUAUUGAACUUCCUGUAAGUGUAUCGUUCGUUUUAGGUCUAAGCUUGUUUUCAUUCAUUUCAAAUUAAAGAUGGCGUCUACUCUGACUAAAGCCCUAGGUAUAAUUCCAUUUUAAUGCGAACGCGAGCCUGUCAAAGUAAACUCCAUUUAACUAUGCACGCAUACGCAGGCGGUUGGCGCAUGCACGCUAGGACUGCUAUGAGAUACUGGACUAUUUCUCCUCAGGAGUUAAGACCCAUAAAGAUGUCUUUUAUAUUCAUUCAGACUCGAGUUAUACAAAUGCAGGUAUCUCCAGACCUCCUCACACACACGUUCUUGACUUGCACACACAAUGUGGUUGAUUUUAUUUACAUUUCACAAUGUUUAGCGGUGAUUAGAUCUUCUUUGAGCGCUUCUUUGUGAAAGAAACGGCUCAAAUGUGAGUGCUGCCACCUUGUGGAACCACUAGUUUGUGCAAGUAACUUCAGCUGCAUGCACAUUGUGUGCGUUUAAAGAUGCAUUAAAUGGUAAAUGGUCUGCACUUAUAUAGCGCCUUUUUAGCCUUAGUGUUAUUCAUAGCGCUUUAGAAUGCGUCUCAUUCACACACACACACACACACACACACACCAUUGACUUCAGAGCUGCCAUGCAAGGCGCUAGCCUGCUAUUGGGAGCAACUUGGGGUUCAGUGUCUUGCCCAAGGACACUUCGGCAUGUGAGUCAUGUGGGCCAGGAUUCAAACCACUAACCCUGUGAUUAGCAGACAACCCGCUCUACCACCUGAGCCACAGCCGCCCACCUAAGUGCUCGCACACUGCUGAUUACGAGAUUUGUGUCACCCGUCUGACCGAAGUAUACUUUGGACUUAAGGUUCAUUGUCUUCAGUACCUUGUUGUGUAACAACUUAGCCAAUAAGUUUGUGUUGAAUGUAGAAGGAAUUUCAUGUUUAGUGGUCUUUUGGUCUCCAAAUGCCUUUGGAUAUUUGCUAGGUAGAUGUUGCCUGCCCCUUUUACACUGAUUAUAAGUGCUCCCAAUGGCGAAACUGUUGGCAAAACUGAUAAGACUGAAAAGUGUAAAAAGGUCAUUUCUACCAAUACUGUGCCUCACAUUGUGACAGUGAGUGUGAAGGAAUGGUGCUAUUACAAAGAAGCCUAACAUUUGUUGUUGGACACUUGAAAUCACUAUAUCAAUAUCUAAUGACAAGUGAGGAAAAGAGAAGGGUAUUUUGUUCAAAAUAUCUGUACUCUCCAAGCUGGUUUACCUAAGGAAGUUUUUCCAUGCUCAAAUCCAAAAGCCGUACCAAGUUUCACAGCUAGAAUCCUUGCAGAAUACUGCUGAAUAGUGUGAGGUGUUCGUGCACGUCUCGCCAGUAAAGGUCCACAGGGGUUAGUUAUUUGAUCUGAAGUGUUACCGCACUCCAAGAUUGUCCUGGUGAAAUAUGCAGUAUACAUCACUGCUGUCCUACCUCUCUCUCUCUCUCUCUUUAUCCAGGCCUCCUUUUCAUUUUAUGACAUCAUUUCGCACACAUUUGCCUUUGUGGAUUUACCUAAAGCCCUUUUUAAUCUCAGGUUCAUAAUAUUUUCUUGUUCUUACCCUCUGAAUCAAUUAAAGAAACAAGAUUUUAUUUGUUUCAAAACUUUAUUAGUGUUUGGCUUAAAUGUGUCAAAUCCAGGAUGGCAAAUAAUCAGGAUUCAUGUUUUAAAUGGAAAUGUUUUAGGCUUGAACAUGUUUUAGGCAAUUGAUGAUCUGGUUUCUGUCAAAAGUUUUCAAUGUCAACUUCCGUUUACGUUAAGCCACAGGUACUGUGCUUGGGACCAAACAAGUUGCUCAAAAUAGUCUUGCAAGCUAAGGAUAGUUAGCUGUCAUGGUCUACCACUUUUCCUAAUGCUCACAUGAUCAACCAACUUAAACUGGAUUUUUUGUUUGUUUUCUGUCAAAAAAAUAUCUAUAGCCAAUUUAGCAUCUCUGUGUUUGAAUAUGCUUUCUAGCAUAGCUUUUUAGAGUAGAGGAGCACUUGUACAUUAAAGCGCAUCCUCCUAAGCAUUAUUAAUGUUUUAAUUGCAUCUGUUAUUUCCUGCUAGAAGUGUAUUGUGUUAAGAGGGUAAAGUUGGAGACGCAAGCUUAAAAUGAUCUGUUGCACCACGUUUUCUGAAAUGUUACCUCAGCAUAACAGUGUAUGCUUGAUUUAUUCACCCUGACCGGCCUUCCCUUGUUAGACUUGGUACAUGUUUAUGCAUUUUAUCAUAUGUAUGUAUGUAAAUAUGUAUUAAUGUAUUCAAAGUACACUAAACCAUAGAUAACCGGAUGAGAAUUAAGGCUAUGUGUAAUUGCAGAUAAAAGAUGCAAUUUGUUUAUAUUGUAUAGCUAAUUUUCACCUAUGUAUUGCACAUAGUGUUAACAAGUGCAUCUAUUUCAUAAAAUGUUAUUUUCAUUUUCCAAUGCUUCAUGUCACAUUUUGUCUUGUAGACUCAGGAAUUAUGGACUUACCAUUUCAUUAACUGAAUAAA